AUGGGUUCGACGCAGCCGUCAGACCCCAAUUUGCCCUUCGGCUAUGCCGUUGACGCUUCCUUCCAAGACUUCAACCUCGAUCCUCCUCCCGAACCCGCUCCAGGCGCACCCAUCCUGACCGCAGAUGACUCGAAGUUAUUGAGUUCCUUCUUCGAAGACCUUGGAGCGGACCAGUAUAACAUCCCUUCGUACGGAGAAGGCCUCAACUUCAGCGAUGCUUGGCUAGAACUACCACCCGCCUUCAUGGGGACGGCCACGUCUUUUGGCCAGUCCCCAGCACCACCUUUGGCCUCCCCAGGCCACAUAAUACCACACACCGAUUUCCCUGACAUGAUGUCUAUGGGCUCAAACUUGAUGCCCCCACCGCCACCACCUCCUCAGCAGCAGCAUCAGUCUCUCGACCAGCACCAUUCGGCCGAUGUUCUGGCAGCUGCCACAUUACUACAGAAUGGAUCUUCAUCAAGAUCCAACAACACAAGUUCCAGCGCAAUGUUCAGCAACAACAACCGAGACGUGACGCAUUCCCUGGGCCCUCCGGUGGGCCACCUAAGGCACCAGCCCAUGGAGGAUUUCAAACGAGCAGAGCGAGGUAGCGUUGCUCAGACCGACCUGACCGAAAACCACGACGGCACCUUCGCAGAUAUGUUCUUCGGCCCGGCGCCCGGCGAAAGAGUGAAUACCCAACGAACGAGCCAGGCUCCGAUCGAUAUCCAGUGGGGUACAGACGCCCGGUUUGGCCGCUCCGAUGCCUUCGUUCCUGACCCGAAAGAAUCAUACGACGCCCUGUCAAAGGGCCAGCUGAGAUACAUGGAAUGUCUGGAACGGAGUGAAAGCACAAACAAUACACGCCCUCCAAGCCCCAAUGGCGAACACGCUUUAGGGAAGGGACACAGCCGGAAAUCUUCCGAGGUCUUAAAAAAGGAGGAGGAUGCCGACGCUCCCCCCCGCAAGAGGAGGAAAAGCAGGAACACCAAGGAAGACAUCGACGAGGAGGAUGAGGAGAGCGGCCCUUCCACAAAGGCAGCCCGGAAGCGAAAGACGAAGACGGAGCCUUCCGCCACACCACCAGCAGAGAAUGGAACAGCGAGUCGCAGACGCAAGUCAGGGACGGGCGCCAAACCGCCCCGUGAGAACCUGACGGAGGCUCAGAAACGUGAAAACCAUAUCCGAAGCGAGCAGAAGCGACGGACUCUGAUCAAGGAAGGCUUUGACGAUCUUUGCGAUCUCGUACCUGGCCUCAAAGGUGGCGGCUUCAGCAAGAGCACCAUGCUUACAAUGGCGGCCGAGUGGCUGGAAGAUAUGGUCAAGGGUAAUGAGGAGCUGAAGGCUCAGCUUAACGCACUCUAG